AUGUUUCUCUUGGCCUGGCUCCUCUUCCUCGGUGCCGAUGCACAGACCUGCCUGCCCGAUGCCAUUCCCAGGGAGCAACGACAGAACAUUUCCAUGAAUGGUGUGUCCAUGCCCAUUGGCAUUACCUUCGGCGAUUGGGAUUCUGCGAAGGUGAUGGGGGAGGUCUAUGGUAUUUUGACCUCCGAAGUCUUGGGCUAUCACACUCAGAAGCAAUUGCGCGCAGGCAGCAGUGACAAUCUCCACUGCUUAGGAGGUUGUCCGGUCACCGCGGGACUGUUGGAGAACUGCACUUGGCCGCCUCUUUGCCACGUUGCCUUGGAGAACUGGGAGGGAUCAUUUGCAUCGACAUCCUGGCUUCAGAAAGAGGAAGCUUUGGGCGAGCGACGCCCAAAGAAUUUGGGCAGUUUGGGCUACUUGGGUAUCGAUGGCCUGUAUGUCCUGGGCAUUGCACGACGCAAGAGCCGGGCCGACACAGGCAUCCACAUGAGUUACUAUGGCUACCUGGUGAAAUCGAGCCAAGUGAAGGAUGAACAUGCAAUCUCAAUGCUUCGUGGUUCCACCCAGAGAAGUAUGCGGCCAACAUCAGUGAGGUGGAUUUGA